AUGUGUUAUGAAGCUUCCAAUAAGGCUGUGCAGGACUCGUACUCCCCUAGGUUUGAACCUUACCUAGAUCCAUCGCAGUGGCCAAGUUAUGAUGGAGAGUUCUUCGUGCCCGACUUGUCGUUAAAGAACAACACACGAGGAAGAAGAAGGACAAGAAGGUUCAAGAACGACAUGGACAAAGCAUACAAAGGCUCAGCCAACCGACGGAUGGAGCACUUUCCGGGGUUGGAGGAUUUCUACGAGGAGAAGCACCGGGCCCCACAGAUUGCCAGCGGAGAGCGCUUGAAGACCCUUCGAGUAAGAGGUCACACGGCGCACAUACUAUUCGACGACUGGUACGUCCCGUACCUACAGCGGGCGAAGCUCUUGGCGUUCGUGACCAUGGCACAGCGACCGGUGCCUCUGUACAACGCCGCUGCUCUGACGGCCCUAGUGGACCGGUGGCGUCCAGAGACACACACCUUCCACCUACCGUGCGGGGAGCUGACGGUCACUCUGGAGGACGUCGCCAUGAUCCUGGGUCUUCCUAUCCGGGGUCAGGCGGUCACAGGUGACACAGCGUCGGGGAACUGGAGGGAGAGGGUCGAGGAGUACCUUGGUCUGGAGCCUCCAGUGGCACCUGAUGGUCAGAGGCAGACGAAGACAUCAGGGGUUCCUUUGAGUUGGUUGCGAGCCAACUUCGGUCAGUGUCCCGCUGAGGCAGACGAGGCUACAGUACAGCGAUACUGCAGGGCGUAUGUGCUAUACAUCUUCGGCAGUAUUCUGUUCCCUGACUCUGGUGGAGACAUGGCUUCUUGGAUGUGGCUGCCGUUGCUCGCGGACUGGGACGAGGCGGGUACCUUCAGCUGGGGGUCGGCUGCCCUAGCCUGGUUGUAA